GCUUGAAGGUUUGCUUAUACUGUUCACCUGUUACUAAAGAGUUGUUGUUAACUAACCCGAAGUACAGAUUCUGGGAGAAACGAAUUAUAUCGAUUGAAGUUGAAACUCCUACCCAGAUAUCGUUAGUCGAUGAAGCGUCGGGCGAGGUUUUUAUUUCAGGGCAGUAACGGCACAGUCUUGUACACGGGAGACUUCCGGCUGGCACGGGGGGAAGCUGCCAGAAUGGAGCUCCUGCAUUCCGGGGGCAGAGUGAAAGACAUCCAGAGUGUCUACCUAGAUACUACUUUCUGCGAUCCGAAAUUUUAUCAGAUUCCCAGUCGAGAGGAGUGUCUGAGCGGAAUAUUAGAGCUGGUUCGAAGCUGGAUCACUCGGAGUCCGUACCAUGUCGUGUGGCUGAACUGCAAAGCAGCUUACGGAUAUGAGUAUCUCUUCACCCACCUGAGCGAAGAAUUUGGAGUCCAGGUUCAUGUGGACAAAUUAGACAUGUUUAGGAACAUGCCUGACAUUCUUCAUCACCUAACAACAGACCGGAGCACUCAGAUCCAUGCCUGUCGCCAUCCAAAGGCAGAAGAAUAUUUUCACUGGAAUAAAUUACCCUGUGGAAAUAUUUCCAAAAAUAGAAUUCCGCUUCACACAAUCAGCAUUAAGCCAUCCACUAUGUGGUUUGGAGAAAGGACCAGAAAAACAAAUGUAAUUGUGAGGACUGGAGAGAGUUCAUACAGAGCUUGUUUUUCUUUUCACUCGUCCUACAGUGAGGUUAAAGAUUUCUUGAGCUACAUCUGCCCUGUGAAUGUGUAUCCAAAUGUCAUCCCAGUAGGCACAACUAUGGAUAAGGUUGUAGAAAUCUUAAAGCCUUUAUGCCGAUCUUCCCAAAGUACUGAGCCAAAGUAUAAACCACUUGGAAAGUUGAAAAGGACUAGAAAAACUCACCUGGAGUCAGAGGAAGAAGAUGACCUCUUUGAUGACCCUGUGCCGGUACCUUUAAGGCACAAGGUUCCAUACCAGCUAGCUCUUCACCCUGAGGUCUAUCUACUGACUGCAGCCUCCCCAAACCAGCCUGAACGACGGAGACAAAGCACGGGCUACAAAGAGAGUAUGCAGACCUUUCCUUUGGCAAAUUGUAUAGACUGUGAAGAGUCCAACAGUGAAGGCGAAGAGGAAUUACAAACGCCAGCUUCCUCUCAGGAAGAGCCGGGUGCUCUCACAUAUCACCAACAAAGGGCUGAUGUAGAAGUACCACAGUGGGACGUUUUCUUUAAAAGAAAUGAUGAAGUCACAGAGGACAGUUUAGAAAACGUCCCUUCUUCCACAGAGGCAGGGGGCUCUCAGUCACCAAAGAUUUUUAGUGACUCUGAUGGCGAGUCAACUCACAUUUCUUCCCAGAAUUCUUCUCAGUCAACACACAUAUCCGAACAAGGGAGUCAAGGCUGGGACAGCCAAUCAGACACUGUUUUGUUAUCAUCCCAAGAGAGAAACAGUGGGGAUGUUACCUUCUUGAACAAAGGUAGACCAAGAAUCAAAGAGAAUAUUCCUGCCUCUCAGACGGAACAAAAUGGACUUUGCCCAAAGGAUACUUAUUCUGACUUAAAAAGCAGAGAUCAAGAUGCCAAUACAGCUGCUAGUGUUGGAGAACCAACCACUAUAAGUGGUGGGAAACACAUACCUCAGGAAAAAAGGCUGCUAAAUUUUAGCACCAAUACAGAUUCUCAGAGCUCCUCCGAUUUUGAGAUUCCCUCCACACCAGAAGCUGAGCUACCUAAAGGAGAGCAUUUACAAUAUUUAUAUGAGAAGCUGGCGACAGGGGAGAGUAUAGUCACUGAAAAAAGAAAAAGCUCUUUCUUAGAUACUUAAAAAUGAAACACCUUGCAUUCUAGAGCCACCACCAAAAAACCUACACAAAGAGGUAAUGUUCAGAAUCAUAAUGGACACAUCAGAAUGGAAUAUUUUAAAAUGCUCACGUAACCUAAAACAAGGCAGGAAGGGGGAAACACACGAACAAAAAAAUAGAGGCAAAAAGCAGAAAACAAGGCAGAACUAAAUCCAAACAUCAAUAAUUACAUUAAGCGAAAAUGGUCAAAACAUACCAGAGAAAACCUAGGGAAAGAACCAUAAUGUUCUUAGAUGUGGUCUCUAAGAAACUCAUUUCAAAUGAUGCAGGCAGGUUAAAAGUAAAGGAUGCAAAAAUAGAUCUAAAUACUUCCACUCCUUAAAGCUGGAAUGACUAUAUUACAAUCACAUUUCUCAUGAUAAAAGGUCCAAUUCACUAAGACACAAUCCUACAUGUGCAUGUUCCUGAAAACAGCUUCAAAAUAUACAAAGCAAACCAAAGGAGAAACGCACACAGGAAGUGAGCAAGGCCACCGAAGAACUCUAGGGCACCAUGAACUACCCACAUCGACACACAACACUCCUACUACAGAAUGUGUCUCAAGCGCUCACGGUACAUUCACCCUGAUAGACGGCCAAAUCCUGGGUCAUAAAAACACUUAAAAAAAAUCAGCCCCUUAUGUAUCUCAAAAGAUAAAUCAUGAAUAAAAUAGUUUAUGAAGGAUAAACUUAUGAAUGCUGAACACAAAGGUAAAAUUAAAAGGAGAGAAAUUAGGACCUAAAAGAAGAAAAUGAAAUGGCAAAAGUUUGUGUGUUCUAUGAAUUGUUGGACUUCAAGUCUGUCAAUGGGUUAUGUUUUUGCACAGCUAUAUAUGUGGGUUUAAUAAAGUUCUAUCAAUAUUCAUCAACACUUUGGGAUAUGCUGACAUAGAUUAAGGAAGCAAAGGCCGAGAUUUCCCUUAAGUGGAGCUGCUAAAUCAAUUUGUAGAUCAACUAAACGAAUAAUGAUACGCAUUAUCACCCUGUUGUACUGACCUCUUCUUUCUAGCUCCACAGAUACUCCCUGCUGAAGUCUGCUCCAGACUCCAUGUGACUGGGGUAGAAAUACAUUUAUCCUAUUUUACCCAUUUCUCCUAGGAGUUCUACUGCCCGAAUGCUAAGUUGAAUAUAAAAUCCCCACAGACCAGUGGAGAUUACAGACCACUGAGUGUCCGGUCAUAACUACAACAGGCCUAAUACACAAACCCAGAGACUUCAUUUUUAAUCUGUAAUUCUAAAAAUUAGUUAUACUAUGUCAUGUAAUCAAGUGUAACUAUAAAUUCACUGACACUUAAGACCUCAUUUUAAUAGCUUAUAAUCCAAGGUGGGGACUCAACACAUGCCUGUAAACAUUCUUCUGAAUAUAGUAGCCCUGUGUAAAUACACCAUCCAUUUAAUUUUACAUACUGCCAUAUUUUCAUUGUUUUAUGAGAACCUGGCAUAAUAAAUGCCAGAUGAGUGAACUUAAGGGCUAAGAGCACUAGAACAGACUUUUGAUUUAAAAAAAUGAAAAAAAAAAAAAA